CGAGCUUCUUGAAUUAAGAUUACUUUGUCCGCCUUGCGCAUGCUCACUCCAACAAUCUCGCGCCAUCCCCCGCGACCUGCUCAUAACAUUGUUUAUGCUUUUAUACAAUGUUGAAAAUACUUUUACGAUCCCGAGCGUCGGCGGCGCCUUUAUUCCGUUCAUUCAGGAAUCUUCAUUACAUUCAAGGCCAAUCUCCGGAACCCAACAUACGAGAAUACUUCUAUUAUAUCGAUCACCAAGGCCAGUUAUUUUUACAUGAUGCUAGAAUAAAGAAUUUCACUUCUUGCUUCAAAGAAAAAAGAUUUAUUGAAUUCUUCUUCAAACGACUUCGUUUAAACAAGACACAAAGAUAUCCUGAUUUCCCAUAUAUUUCUCUGUGUGGCAGAGAAAGAAAUUUCAUCAGCUGUGAUGAUAAGCCUAUUGUUUAUCUUGAGCUUGUAAAAGACUCAGCAACUACUGACUAUUUGUAUUAUGGAGGGUAUAAAGCUGAUUUAAAAGUACCCUUUGAACCCACAGAACUAUGCAUGUUACCCAGCAAUGGUCGGGUGUAUUACCCAACAAAAGAUCUUUACGGAGGAAUUGGACUAAUCAAAUCUAAAAUAGCUAUAGAACUGAGUCAGUAUUUUGUUUUUGAGAAUGGUGAAUUGGAACCUCCAACACAUAUAGAUUGGAAUAAUCAAAGACAUGAACUUUCUAAUAAACUUCUUCCACUUCUUGGAGCAAAAGAUUAAAAAAAAUAUUUUUAUAUUUUAUUAGUGCUGGAAAUGAAAUAAAGAAAAUCUAAAUUAUUUUUUAAAAUUUA